CGUGUUCCUAUAUUAUCAAGUGGAAAGAGGUCAUGGUCAGCCAUAGUUUUUCUACCCAUCCGCGCUUGUGAACGGAACAGUUGAGAAGACUUGAGAUGGUCCGAGAUGCCUCGCCUCAUUUGCGGCUCAAGCCGCACAGAACGUCCGUCAAGCCGCACCGUCCCGUGACGCACCUCGGAGGAUGCAGCGCUUUGCCAUCCUGGCGCUUGCCUACGCGACGCGCGCACUGGCGGAAGUGGUCAUCCUCGAUGACAAGGCGGCCACAGAGACAGACUGGCUGGAGGAUAAGGUGUGUGAGGCAGCCGAGGCGGUGGCGCAAGGCUAUUGUGCCUUGCAAGACCGGAAAGGACUUCCCAAGUGUGCAUAUGCCGGCUUUGCCAUGAACAAGGGACAGCCAGACAAGUCCUCCUUUCACGACAUGCGUUGCCUCUACCAGGACGGACCGUUUUGGCACCACGGAAAGGCCCGGUGCACCGUGGUCACCGUGGAUGAUCAGGAAAUCGUGACCAUGACCUGCGACGUUUGCAUGGGCGAGAAGUGCAUGAGUGUUUAUACCUUCGCAAUGCUCGUCAUUGGACUCUUGGUCCUCCUUUGCUGCUGUUGCUGCUGCGCGUGCUGCUGUUGCUGCUGCAAGAAGAGUGGCCAAAGCUCAGCCGGCAACGCUGCGCGGCGGGUGGAGCUGCAAUCGCACUGAGAUGUCACACCCUGAGAAGCUCCUGGAAAACACCCGUCUCACCCCAUCAAUAGAAUGAGAGCAUAUGAGGAUAAGACACGAGGAUGUUGCUGAGAAAUGCCA